GCGGGCGUGGAGAGCGCGCGCUCCAGUGGGACAGAAGCCCCGCGCAGGGCACCCGCGCUCCCCGCCCGCGCGGGGCUCAUGCAUGGUAUGACAACCCUGCUUUGGCCUUUCUGUGCGGCUGGACAUCGCGACCAGAGGGGAAUGCCCCUGUCACCCAGCUUGCUCCCCGCUUCCUGAACCCUCAGGAGGCCAGAAGACCUCAGGGUCUGUGCUGAAGGACUGAGAUUUGGACCUAGUGAAAGGACGUCGCCCUUUAGCCCCAGCUAUGGACUCGACAGCAUCAGGGACAUGCCCAGGAGAAAAGGGAACAGCUAGUUUGUUGCUGCAAACCAGGCUCCAGGACAUGAUGACAUUUAAGGAUGUGGCUGUCCAAUUCACCCCAUGGGAAUGGGGGCAGUUGGACCUUGCACAGAAGGACCUGUACAGGGAGGUCAUGCUGGAAAACUUCAAGAAUCUGGCCUCCUUGGGGCUUCCAGUAACCAAACCAUAUGUGAUCUGCCAACUAGAGGAAGGGGAAGAGCCCUGUGUGUUAGAGGGGGAAAUCUCAAAAGGUGCCCACUCAGGUGAAGGAUCCUAUAAAUGUGAUACAGAAUUCAGACAGACUUCAGGGAGAAGUAAUUGUCAAAAAAUCCAUCCAGGGAAGAAGUCAUGUAAGUGUAAUGAAUGUGGGAAGUCCUUUCAUUUCCAAUCAGAACUUAGGCGCCAUCAGAGAUGUCAUACUGGAGAAAAGCCCUAUGAAUGCAGGGAAUGUGGAAGAGCCUUUGGUCAUAUUUCAUCCCUUAUUAAACAUCAGAGAACUCAUACUGGAGAAAAGCCCUAUGAAUGCAGUGAAUGUGGGAGAACCUUCAGCCAGAGUUCAUCUCUUGUUCUACAUUAUAGAUUUCAUACUGGAGAGAGACCCUACAAAUGUAAUGAAUGUGGAAGAGCCUUUGGGCAUACUUCAUCCCUUAUUAAACACCAGAGAAUUCAUACUGGAGAAAAGCCCUAUGAAUGCAGGGAAUGUGGGAGAAACUUCAGCCAGAGUUCAUCUCUCAUUGUACAUUAUAGAUUUCAUACUGGAGAGAGACCCUACAAAUGUAAUAAAUGUGGGCGAGCCUUCAGCCAGAGUUCAUCUCUCACUCAACAUUAUAGAUUUCAUACAGGAGAAAAGCCCUACAAAUGUAACGAAUGUGGGAGAGGCUUUGCUCAUACUGCAUCCCUUCUUAAACAUCAGAAAAGUCAUGCUGGAAAAAAUGCUUUGUGAACUUAGCAAAUACAGGAAGGCUUUUUGCUGGAGAAUAUAUAUUGAGGAGAGAUCCUAUAUUAUAAUGUAUGUGGGAAGACUAGGUUAGAGGACACAUCUUGCUCAACAUCAGAAGGUAUAUACUAAGGAGAAGCGUUGUCAAUGUCAAAAGAGAGAAGAGCUUACCUUACACCUUCUCCCUUACAGAACACUAGUAAUUCAUUUAGUGAGAAGCAAGUGAAUGUAAUGAAUGGAAAAGUUUUAUUUUGAGUGCACACAUUAUCCAAUAGCUGAGAGUUUAUAAUAGGCAUCAGAGAAUUCAUCCUUCAGGAAAUUUUUGUGGAUUUGGUAAUGUGGGAGAACCCCCUGCCAAAUCUCUUCCCUUUAUUAAUAUCUGUGAAAUUAUUUCUACUAGUCAGAAAUGGUGGCGAUGAAAUGCACGUGGGAAAGUCUUCAUAGAUGUCCAUCCAUUUCUACAUCAGAGAAUUUGUACUGGAGUGAUUCUUGAAAUUUAACAAAACUGGAACACCCAUUAAUAUAGUUUAGACCUCAACAUUCAAUAAGGCUUCACCCCAGUGAGGAAAGUUGCUUUGCAGACCUGACAUUAUGAAUCUAGAGCAGAAAGGAAACUGAGAAAUCACCUGGCCAGGUGAUUUUCACCAGAUGUGCUUACAUUUACAACUGAAGUAUGUUCUUCCUCCCUAUCCUGUUAUUGAGGGAAUGGGGUGAUCUUGUAUGGGUAAAGAGAAGGCGGCCAAGACUGGCAGAGCAACAUCCAUGAUCUAGCCCAGCCAUUUUUAGAGCUAAGGAAAGCUAUCUUCAGUUAAAUUCCAUGUCCUGACCUGCAGCCUAAUUGGGCUUCCUUCCUCCUGGCUCACAGCCAUAGCUGGGGACUUGAGAGACUGAAGGCCUUCUCUGUAUAAAACCCCAUGAACUUCUUUCUCUGUAACAUGUCUUACCUUUCCCUAAGACAGUUUGAGCAAAAAACAAUUUUUAUCAGAUCUUUAUGCUACUAGAUUUGGAUUUUUAAAAAUAAAAUGAAAAAUUUUUGUACAUUAUAGUCACUAAUAUAUGGGUAUUAAACAAAAGCAAAACCUGAAAAACAUUGUAAAUGAUAUAGCCAGAUGCCAGGGACACAUAUUGUUUAGUUCCAAUAUAUGAAAUGUACAGAAAAGGCAAAUCUUAAGAGGCAAAGUAGGUUAGUAGCUGCCUAGAACUGGGAAUAGCAAGUGUGGUAACAACUGGGAGUGACUUCAAUGUUAGAAGAAUCUUACUAGGGUGAAGGAAAUAUUCUAAAAGAGGAUUGUGGCAAACUUACUAAAAAUCAUUGCAUUGUGCACAUAAAUGGGUGAAUUUUAUGGUAUGUAAUACCUCUAAUCAAUUAAAAAAUCCAAUACAGUAAGUCCUCACUUAAUGAUUUCAGUAUGUCCUUUUAUUGAGCUUAAAUUGAAAUGAUAUGUAAUGAAAGGAAAUCCUCAAAUAACUUAAUUUCUAUCUAUGUCAUAUGGAAUAUUUUUUCUCAUUAGUGUCAUAAAGAAACAUUAAACUCCAUGUUUUUCAAGGAACUGCCAUAAAUAGGUAUAUAACCUACUGCUAAAAUUAUUUUCCUGUCUUCUCUAUUAUUUCAAAAGCCAUUUGUGUGUCUUUGGUAUCAGUUUUUAUU